AUGGCUGAGUAUGAAGCAUGCAUCAUGGGUCUAAAGAUGGAGAUCGAUAAGGACAUUCAGGAGUUGCUGUUAGUGCAAAGGUUGUGUAAAAGGUUUCGCAAGAUCGAGUUUAGGCAUACCCCAAGGUUGCAGAAUGAAUUUACUGACGCUCUUGCUACUAUCUCCUCAAUGAUCAAACAUUCGGAUACAAGUUACAUUGACUCUUUGGAGAUAUAUUUGAAAGAAAAACCCGCUCACUGUUUACAUAUCAAAGUAGAACCAGAUGGAAGGCCUUGGUAUUUUGACAUAAAAAAGUAUCUAGAAAUCGGAACUUAUCCAGAUAAUGCGACUUUCAAUCAGAAGAAAACAAUACGUCGAAUGGCUAACAAUUUCUUUCCAAGUAGAGAAACCCUUUAUAGGAGAACUCCAGAUAUGGGACUUCUCAGAUGUGUCGAUGCCGUGAAGCUAUAA